GUCUGUGGGAGGAGGCUGACGGGUGUCUUUGAACGUGGUUCAUAGAUUUCAUUCAGUGUGACUGUGCCUGCCUACCGGCUUAUCCACUCCUCAUCACCAAACUCUGUCAACCAACAACGUAAAACAUGAAGAUCUGGACGUCAGAGCACAUAUUCAACCAUCCCUGGGAGACGGUGACCAAAGCUGCCAUGCAGAAAUACCCCAACCCCAUGAACCCUAGUGUGAUUGGUGUGGAUGUGUUAGACAGAGACAUAGAUAAACAGGGACGCCUUCACAGUACAAGACUGCUGAGCACAGAGUGGGGUCUUCCAUCUAUAGUGAAAUCGAUCAUUGGAAAUGCACGGACAUACACAUACGUCCAGGAACACUCAGUUGUUGAUCCCAAAGAGAAGACUUUUGAACUUCAGUCAACAAAUAUCACUUUCACAAACAUGGUGUCUGUGGAUGAGAAGUUAACAUACAAACCACACCCUGAGGAUAAAGACAAGACAAUACUGACUCAAGAAGCUAUCAUCUCUGUGAAAGGAGUCAGUCUCAGCAGUUACCUGGAGGGAGUUAUGGCCAGUACUAUCUCUGCCAACGCUGGGAAGGGCCGUGAAGCCAUGGAGUGGGUGAUCAGGCGACUGAAUGAAGAAAUCGAAGAGUUGGCAGCAACAGCACGCACGACCAUACGCACCCCAAUGGCUGCUGCAGUCACAGAGAAAUGACAGCCACCUCUCUUUUCAAACAGAGAGAAACUACACGCCAUUUAAACCAGCAUCCCUUUGUGACAAUCUGGUGCUGUUUUGGUGCUCCGGAGUUUUUGUAUUAUUUGAGGGUAAACUUCAUUCAUCUCAUAAACUUUACUAUCUACAUUAGAUAUAUUUUUAACAGCAGACUACAACAGAAAAGGAUUCUGUGGAAUGUUUUCAGUGGAUGCUGCCUCGCAGGAGUGCAGCGAUCAAGAGACUUGGGGAGGCAAAGAUAAGUAGGUGGCAAGCUCAGGGACAAGUUUAAACACCAUUGGAAUGGUGUGUUUGGAAACAUGUAGCACUGGCACAAGGUAGCAGAAGCACUGGGUGUACUGAAAAUAACAAAGUGCCAAAGCACUUGCCCUUCUUAUCCAGCCUCUUUCAAGCACCUAUGCCAAAUAUGUUUUCAUCAGAGCACCUGUAAGUCUCCUCUAGCAUGUACUUUGUGCUAACAACAACAAAGUUAUAAAACCAGCCGUUGCAAGAGGAACAUAAUGACAUUGAUUCUGUUCUAACAGCAACAAUGUGGUGUAAAGGCAGGGGUAAAAUGUGCUGCGUGUUAAAGCGCACAUGGGAGUGGUGUCAGAUGACAGUAGAAGCUUGGGUUAGCACCAGAACUGUAAGAGAGCUGUCUCCUCAACAGUGUUUUCUUGUGGGACCGCAGUAAUAACAAGACACUCUAACAGGCAUAGUUUGUCAGCCUGAAUGUAAACUGUAUUUUGUUAUUACGUGAUAAAAAUGUUGCUAUUAAGGUAUUUAAGUGAAAUGAAGGGAUCAAGGUACAUGCCGUAUUUAUGUUUUUGAAGGACACUUUGUCAAAUGCUGUUACAUUCAAUCCAAUGUGUAGACCAGUUAGAACUUUUACAGCUUAAGGACGUGCAUGUCAGGCUCCACACUUCAUGGACCUAUGGGAUUUGCUGCUGCAUAAAUUUGACACAAAUCAGGCUUUACACUUGAUACCUGAUCACGUCUGCUUAGCUUAAACAGUAUUGUUAAAAUACACAGCACUGUAGUCCCUCAGUUAUAACAAAAACUCCUCACCUGUCCUCUCUAUGAAAGGCUGAGGCUUAUAUUUACACUUAAGAAAUUAUAUUCAAACAAAGAUAAGCUACUGCGCUGGUCGAGACUGCCUUUAGUUUUGAAAUUUUGAUAGCAUUGUUUGAGACCUUAAAACGUAGUUACAUUAAGCAUUUGACAAGGUUUCCUUCAUGUAACAGACAGCAACGUGGUGAUGGUGGAAGUUUAGUUUCUUUAAUUUAUUUUUUUACAUGUAAACGAAAUAUUUAUUCAGAGAAACUGUUGGUUUUGGAGUAGUAAGUUAUGGCUUUGGUUAACCCUUGAGAAAUGUGAUAUCAGAUGCUUAGUUAAUAAAUAUGAUUUUGUGAAUUUUGUGCCUAUGUUAAAAAAAUGUCUAACUGCAGAAUGUGGUAAUAAAGUUUUGUGUUUUAACCUCUUCCAAAAA